GGAUGUCUAAUGGCCCAAGGAGUCGUAGAUGGAGAAGGUCGGCUAUGAACAGCAGUCCUCUGUUUAAUGCUACCUUCUUAAUUGAAUCAGAGAUGUACUCUACGUCUUCUAUCGUCCGUAAAGAGAGGAAUCAACAGCACGUCAGAAAAUGGAGGACAUGGAUCGAGAAAGUGCAAUACGUACAAGUUGUUGUUGUCGCAGCAGACGGCGCUAGCUUGGCAACCCUUGACGCCACCGACAAUGUUUACGAUGGGGUUGCAUUGCACACCGACCAUGGUCCUUUCGACGGGGACGACGAUUCCGAGGAGGCCGGCCAUAUCGAGGAACUACAAUCGGGGAUUCAAAUUGGACUGACCAUUGCAGCUGUUGACCUCAACGGGAUGGGCCAAUACCCCAGUGAAGAAGGUCGCGAGAGCGAGGGAAGAGACGAUAGCACGGAUGGAGAACAUGUUGAAGAACCCUCUCCGACUUGGUGGUUUGGCGAGGAUAAACUCGUGGAUCUACGAGUGUGCAACGAGUUGAAAGAACUUGAGAAGGCGAGAACAUUCCUGUCUCUCAUCGUUAUGAAGACAAAUUUGCAACCAGAACGGGGAGGCAACAGGGUGCACGAUUCGUACCAGCCAGCAAAGUCUCAAAGAGGAAAUGAGCGUUGCAUUGCACUGGAUCCGACAGGAGAUUCGACCGAGAUUCAUCUCUGGAGAUUCCAUCGACAGAUUCCGAAGUCGUUCAGUCCGAAAUUCUGA